AUGUCUACUCCAACCGCCCCAACUUUGCCAUCCUUCACUGUCGGUGACUACGCCUCUUUCGCCCUUGCUGGUGCCAUUGGUUGUGGUGCCACCCACGGUGCCAUGACUCCAAUUGAUGUUGUCAAGACCAGAAUCCAAUUGGAACCAACCGUCUACAACAGAGGUAUGGUCGGCUCCAUCAAGCAAGUUGUUGCUGCCGAAGGUGCCGGUGCUCUUUUGACCGGUUUGGGCCCAACUCUUUUGGGUUACUCCAUGCAAGGUGCCUUCAAGUUUGGUGGUUACGAAUUGUUCAAGAAGACCUUCAUUGAACAAAUUGGUUUGGACACCGCCAAGCAAUACAAGAACUCCAUCUACAUUGGUUCUGCUGCUCUUGCUGAAUUCUUUGCUGACAUUGCCUUGUGUCCAUUGGAAGCCACUAGAAUUAGAUUGGUUUCUCAACCAACUUUCGCCAACGGUUUAGUUGGUGGUUUCUCCAGAAUCUUCAAGGAAGAAGGUCUUGGUUCUUUCUACAACGGUUUCACCCCAAUUUUGUUCAAGCAAAUUCCAUACAACAUUGCUAAGUUCCUUGUUUUCGAACGUGCUGCUGAAGCCAUCUACACUGCCAUCCCAACUCCAAAGACCGAAUUGUCCACCUCUUCUAACACUGCCGUCAACUUGGCUGCCGGUGUCAUUGCUGGUUGUUCCGCUGCUGUUGUUUCCCAACCAGCUGACACCUUGUUGUCCAAGGUCAACAAGACCAAGAAGGCUCCAGGUCAAUCUACUGUUGGUUUGUUGAUCCAAUUGGCCAAGCAAUUAGGUUUCGCCGGUUCUUUCGCCGGUUUGCCAACCAGAUUGGUUAUGGUUGGUACCUUGACCUCCUUGCAAUUCACCAUCUACGGUUCUUUAAAGCAAGCUUUGGGUUGUCCAAAGGCUGUUGAAUUGUAA